GCCAAUCAGCACACUACCAGCAGGUCGGCCCAGAGCCAUGUAGCAGUGAAGACGAGAUCAGUGCAAAGGUCCCAUUCUGGGUUGCAGGACUUCAACAGCUGUGGACAGAAGAUGGACUGGCUUUGCAUGUUUUAAUUGUGGCUCGUCACUGUUAUCCAGCAAGGAAACGGGACACAGACGUCCAUGCACCUUUCUAUAAUGAUGUCUGCAGGUUCCUCUCUGAGACCUCACUCACUGCAAUUACCAGCUGGCUGCCUCACAUUAAAAACCUGUUGGACCAGCAACCCUGCACCUCUCCCAUUCACCUCCCUUCAUCCUGUUUAAAUUGUUUUAUCUCUGCCACCUCCAACCAAACGGUCAUAGAGAGGACAUUUGGUCUAAGUCCAGGUUUUUACUGGCAGACAGUGGAAACUCGGGAUCGUACUUUUAAGGGGAAAGAGACCACACAGGAGCUGCACACAGAGGUGUCAGUUGUUCUGGGGUGCAGUGGCUUCUUUCAACAUCCUCUUCUAACACACUACGCCCUCCAGCUGGUCCUAGACUCAGGACUCGAUGUGUGUGGUCUCCGGCUGCUUUAUCCACCACAGGAGCUUCUGAGUGAGCGCUUUGGUAGCACAGCGGGUAGUCUGAGAGACCAUGAGCCCUAUCAUCCUGUUGUUACUCUAGCAGUUCGAGGUCCUUAUGCCCACUCCUUGUUGAAGGACAUAACUAGUUCCUUAGAUUCUCUGCGACCCAAAAAGGCAGAAACCACUUCCAGCAAUGGUCUACACUGCAGAGAUCAAGAACCACCAUUCAUCUAUACCCCCCAACCGGCCAGUCAGGUCCACAGUGAGCUGUGCCUGUGGUUUUCAGGAAGACUGCAGGGAGGAAGUGCACAGGAUUACAACAGAAUUGUGCCUUCAGAUGACAGAGCUGGAGCCAUCCUGUCUAAUCCAAGCAGAUCAUCUUCUUUCCUGUGUGCCACAACUAAAGCUGAUUUCCUCCUCUUGGUGUCACCUGUUGUUCCUCCAUGCUGCUAUGGCCAGGUGCUGGCUGUAUGUGAACGCAGAGGCUUCAGUCUUAGAGGGCUGCAGAGGCUGCAGGUUCAUAGCCAUGGGGCCUCCCUUCUGGGCCUCAGCAGCUUCCAGGCAUCUGUGUUCUGCAGUCCACCUGCUUCCACUCCAGAUCACAAAGAGCUAGAGCCGCCCUCUCACUGUCUCGUGUUACUGCUGAGAAAAGAACAUGCAUCGCGUCACAGUGUCGGUCUACCAGCAGCGCUAAUGAAAGAAUUCAAAGCUCAAAAGCUUCUGGGUUACAUUCACUCAGGAAAGGAUGAUGUUCACACAUCAGAGCCAAGCUUGUGUUUCCACACUGUACCGAUCAACAAGAGCUUAUUCCAAAACUUUGUUAGUUGCAUGUGGGCAGUGCCAAAUCCCUCCAGUGUGAUCCUGUCUCAUCACAGGUGUUCAUUCAGACCUGACAUGGAGCAGGUAGUAGUUUUGACUCUGUGUGGGAAGGACUUGACCCAAGGCCUCAGCCUCCUAAACAGAGUGCUGUUAGGAGAAGAAGGUGAUGAACAACAUGCUAGAUUUAGGCUCCUCAGCCUGAAGUGGCUUCCUGUGCUGACUCGACUUCAAGCCCAGGAGCUGAGCCCAUAUGAGGUGGGAGAUCCGCUCUGCUACACCAGCGCGGAAACACUGAUGUCGUCUCCAGCUCUAGUGUGUGCUUUGAGAGGGUUUGUUGAUUUUUCUUCGUUGAGGAAGCUCCUACCGCAUGACUAUCCUCAAAGCCUGAGUGUCCUCAUGUCUCCCACACCUGAAGUGGCCCUCAGACAAGCCUCCCUUUUUUUCUUUGAGCAUGAAAUGAUUCCCGACCCACAGAUGCUGCUCACCGUGUGCCUGUUGAAACCACGAGCCUGGAAUCACAGUCUCACUAAAAUAGUCAGCAAACUCCAGCAGAGUGGCCUCACGUUGGUGGGCCUACGGGUAGUGAUCCAUGACAAAAGUGGUGCUACUUCACUGCUGCGUGCAGAAAGUGGGCACAACCUGUGCUCUGGCCCCUCGCUGGCUUUCUGCCUUCAGGGAGAAAAUGCUGUGAAGAGGCUGCUGGACAUGCUGAGCCAAGAGGACUCUUCAAUGUGGAUGACCUGUCAUGUAACCAACGUUACAGGAUCAGAAUCGUAUCAGCAGGCAAUUAUGGAUGUGAGGAGGUUUUUUCCUGAGGGGCUCUGCUGUACUGAGACCAACACAAUGAGACAGGAGCAGAUACUCCGCUUAUGUUCAGACCCUUUAGCCUCCAUAGAGCGUCAGCGGAGCUGCACACUGACUCAAGCGGCUCGGAAAAGUCUUUCAGUCUCCUCUGAAUCACGACCAAAUGGAGGGUCCCUGAAGCACAGGCAAACAACCUGUCUGCUGAUACCCUUGAACGCUACACCAGGCAGCCAAGUGCCUUCCCAACUGGAGAUAGUGGAGCAGGUGCUGGGAUCAGACUGCCAUCUGGUGGCAGGAAGGAUGAGCAUCCUAGAUGAUGAGCAGCAAAAACAUAUAUCUGAGACACUUAAAGUGUCAAGCAUAAGGGAGAAGAUGGCUCCUUUUUACUCAACUCCUUGUCUCAUCAUGGCUCUCCGAGGAGAAAAUAUCACAACAGAGUUUGGCCUGAUCCUUAAAAGGAUUUACAAGGCAAGGCCAGACCUGGAGCAAGUAGGGAAAAGCAUCGUCUUCCCAGAAAAUGAAAAAGAGGCUAUGCUGCUGAUAUGCUACCUAUUUCACACCUUGUCUUCUGAGAGCUGUGAUGUCACUGUGCCAUAAACAUUCAAAUGUGUGCACGUGUAAGCAUAUUUUCCAAAGAUUGCUCCAAAAAGUGCAAAGAAAUUUAUAGCUUUCACUUGUUUUAGUUUUUAGAUAUUGUUCAAUAAAUAUUUAUUCAAAAACAGCAUUUCGCGUCCUCUGCUAGUCCACUUCCUCUUUAAGGCGCAAGCCCUUUUCUGUCAGUUGUUUGAGACAAAAAUUAAUCACACAUUUCAGAUGAAAAAUUAUUUUAAUUCUCAAGAUGAUAAAAAUAAUUUUGUGAACUCUGUAAACCAUUGCAUAACUGUAGUGUAACAAUUUAACAAGUGUUAACAAACUAGUAAUACACUACAGUAAAUAUGCGGUACACAAUCCUCAAUGUAGAAAAGAAACAUCUAGUAUUCUAAGACUUGCACCUGUUUUUGUGUUCACAACACAAAAAUAUCAAUAUAUACCAACAGAAUAAUUUCUACAAUUAUCAGUAUAGAAUUUCCUACAUAUCCAUACAGCUCAUCACAAAAUAAGGGACAUAUGUUUUAAUCUAUAAUGUCUAAACCCACUUACAUUAAGUAAAUAGAUCCAUGAAAUGCAGUUUCCUCAGAUUUAACAUUCUCUAACAAAUCACUGUUUUACCCUGAGAAAAAUACAUUUCUUUCUUUAUAGUUAUUUUAUGAUUAUGCUAACAAAUAGAAACUUGAAAACUUGCAUUUGUUUAAGUUCUAAUAAAUUUUAUUGAAUAGAAGUUCACAACUAGAUGCUACAUCAUCAUCAUCAAUUAACUGCGCUCCAUAAUAUCCAGUGACCUAUUCAUUGAAAUUCUAAUUUAGAGCAAUACAUUCAAUAUUUCAGGGUUUCAAU